ACGAUUGCUUUGGUCUACUCCAUACUGCUGGUGUGGUCGUGGAAAUACGUGACAGACUGAACGUUGUUUAGCGGGGGACUAGAAUGUGAUGUUUACAGGCCUUUGUAACCAUCCUAUAGCGGCUCCUCAAGCCAAAGUGACAACCAGGUAAGCAGCUUAGCACUAUAACUGGAGCAAGGAUACAUCCCUGAGGGUUAGCAGCGCGCUGGGAGAACUCCAAAUGCUUCUCGACACAGUUGUGACUGGAGACCGACGCUGCGCCCUCCUCGCCCUCCUCGCCUCUUCCCUCCAUCUACUCUGAUCUACUCUUCCUUUCAUCUCAUCUCUCUGUCACCUCUGAACACCAGCCACUCUUCACAUUUACUCGCCUCUUCUCUCACUGGAUAACUUGGGUGCUAAGAGGAGAGUGGAAAGGUGCCGCGUUACAGCCACUUGUGCCAGACGAGAAGACCGAAGAGAAGAGGAGUAGAGAGGAAGGGGGAGGGAGCGCUAGAGGGUAGUCCCGCCUCUGUGUGCUCAGUUCACUCGGAAARGCAGAGAAAAUACAAAGGAACACCUAGCCCUAGUGGCCUGGAGCCUGGAGAAGAGGAGUGUUGCGCACAACCACAGCCACAACCUCCUCCUACUCCUUCAGUCCCCAGCGUGUGAACUGCCAACAGGAACAACCCUUCCAUCUGGCUCUUCCAUCUGUCUUAACCCUGAUCCAGGAACCUGCUACUGUUUGUUUGGUUACUUCCUCUCUCUCGCUCAGCGUCAGUGAGGCUCCACAGCUGAUCCCAGACACAGCACUGUGACGCUCUGCUCAGCGCCCAGUCUUCUACAGUUAACCGGCAGGCUAGAAGCAGGAAUAGGGAGCGCUUGACAAGAGGCUAGAGUCAGAGAUGGGAGUCCUUGUUUGUGGCGUGGUGGUGCUGACGCUCAUCUGUCAAAGCCAUAGCCUGGACGGUGCCACUAACCCCCUGCACAGGUUUAAAAGGUAUCAGGAAAGUGCCUCUUCGGAGCCCAGCGACUGCACUACCAGGACGAGACAACCCACGGUCCUGUCUAAAUCAGGCAACUUUUCCCUGGAUGUCCGCAUGCCGGGGGUGUCCCCCACGGUGUCUGACACCUAUUUGUGUGUGGCCGUUCCAGUACCGACAACCAGGGAUGCCUAUAUCGUGGACUUUGAGCCUCAUGCCAGUAUGGACACAGCCCAUCACAUGCUCCUGUAUGGCUGCCGGACACCAGUCUCCACCACCAACUACUGGGACUGUGGGAGUGUCAAGGGGACCUGUGAGGACGAAGCCUCCAUCAUGUACGCCUGGGCCCGAAAUGCCCCACCCACCAGGUUACCCCCAGAUGUCGGUUUUAAAGUUGGAGGGAAAUCCAGAAUCACUUACUUUGUGCUGCAAAUCCACUAUGGGGAUGUCCAAGCUUUUAGAGAYCACCAUAGAGAUUGCUCAGGACUUACCUUACGAAUGACUUCCAAACCACAGCCCUUCAUUGCUGGCAUGUAUCUGAUGAUGUCUGUGACCACCGUCAUCCCUCCAGGAAAUAAAGUUACAAACGCAGACGUGGCUUGCACUUAUAACUCAUAUCCCAUAUACCCGUUUGCCUUCAGAACCCACACACACAAGCUUGGACAAGUUGUCAGUGGUUACAGGAUUCGAGACGGGAAGUGGACUCUGAUUGGACGACAGACUCCUCAGUUACCACAGGCAUUCUAUCCUGCCACCAAGGGAAUCAACGUGAAGUACGGAGACACACUUGCUGCUCGAUGUGUCUUCACCGGGGAAGGAAGGACCACCAAAACAUAUAUCGGAGGUACCUCUAAUGACGAGAUGUGCAACUUCUACAUGAUGUACUACAUGGAGAGCAGACACGCAGCGCCCUUCCAGGAGUGCAUGGAGGACGGCUCCAAGGAGCUGUUCCAGAACAUUCCACCCGAGGCCAACGUGCCCAUCACGGUUCCUCCAGAGAUGAUGAUGCACCACAUGAUGCACUCUGCUGGUGCCCCAGCUACCUCAGAACAUCAAGAUGACAUGGCGCUGCUGCAACCCAAGCGCGAGGAGGAGGAAGUUCUGGAUCAGGGUGACUUCUAUUCCCUUCUGUCCAAACUCCUAGGCGAGAGCGAGGACGUAGUACACGUGCAUAAGUAUACGCCCGGCGAGGCGCAGAGUGCCCAGGCCAAACUGGUGGCUCAGAUUGAUAGCAUAAUUCAAAAGAAGGACCUGGGCUGGCCCAGUCCCAGGCUAGGCUUCCUGGACAGAGAGGAUGCUAUACUGGUGAGGGACAGAGUGCACAAGUUUCACCAGUUAGAGGCUACGGCCAGGCCUCCCGGGAGCACGCUAAUGCCAGCUAACGGCCUGGUCGAGAUUGACGAUGAUGAUGAUGAAGAAGAAGAGCACCAUCUGGACGAGGUGACAGACUGGCCAGAGAGCCCACUCCAGCUGGGUCAGGUGUCCGGUUUGGCCCUGGACUCAGACGACAACCUGGUCAUCUUCCACAGGGGAGACCACCAAUGGGGGGUCAACUCCUUCGACAACAGCGGCAAAUACCAGCAGCAGUCCCUGGGUCCCAUUCAACAGUCCACCAUUCUCGUGGUGGAUCCCGUCAAAGGCAGCGUACUCAAGGCCUCCGGAAGAAAUAUGUUUUACUUGCCUCAUGGAAUCACCACGGACAAGGACAACAACUACUGGGUCACGGACGUGGCGCUUCAUCAGGCUCGUCAGACAGAAGGAGAAGGGUCCAGUUCCGAAUCCCACACAGCCUGGUGUUUCUGCCUGAAAGGCGGGAGCUGUGCGUGGCCGACCGGGAGAAUGGACGCAUCCAGUGCUUUGUCGCUGAAUCCGGGGAAUUCGUCAAGGAGAUCAAGAAGCAAGAGUUUGGAGGGGAAGUGUUUGCCAUCUCCUACGCACCUGUGCAUGGUGGUCUGAUCUACGCGGUGAAUGGGGAAUCUGCGUACGGGCGCUCUGCCCCUCUCAAAGGCUUUGUAAUUAAUUAUUCAACCAAAGAGAUCCUGGAUGACUUCAGCCCAGAAAACGCACAGGAGUUUGGAAUGCCCCACGACAUUGUUGUAACCAAAGAUGGGCGUGUCUUUGUAGGAGAUGCAGCCACAGACUCCGUGCUAAAGUUCUCCUCUGACAAAGCUGAACAUCGCUCUGUUAAGAAAGGUGGAAUUGAAGUACAAGAAAUCGAAGAAACAGAGACUAUAAUCCAAACCCGCCUGAAGCCCCAGCACAGGGUAGAGGUAGCGGUGGCCAAGGUGCAGAUACCUGUAGCGACUCAACAGAAGACUGCAGAGCCUGUCCAGGAACAGCCCCAAAAACCGCAACAACAAGAGGACGAUAAGGAGAAGACUCUAGUCAAACAGAGUGCUCAGGGCGUGUCUCCGGCAGUUAUCACCACCCUGCUGCUCAUCCCCUUAGUGGUGGUCAUCUCCAUAGGGGUCUUGAUCCGCUACAGGAAGAACAGGAUGUAUGGAGAUGGAUGCGAGGUAAAACUGGAACAGACCUCGUCCGGAGGAAUCUUGGGAAAACUCAGAGGUAAAGCUGCGGGCGGUCUGAACCUGGGCAACUUCUUUGCCACUCACAAGGGCUACACCCGGCAAGGCUUUGACCGUCUCAGCACCGAGGGUAGUGACCAGGAGAAAGACGACGAGAACGACACUGACUCGGAGAACGAGGAGUACUCGGCCCCGCCUCCCCCUGUCGGCCCCUCCUCCUCCUCUUAGGACCCCCACCACCCCACCUCGAAGCCGUCCCACCAAAUGCCAACCGACCCUUGGCUCCCGUGGUCAGGAUGUACUAUAAUCGUAUGUGUAUCUAUGUUUGUGUUGGCUGCCAAUCGUUCCUAUUUAUUUGUGCAAAAAACAUUCUCGAUACGAUGUGCCACUUUCUUGCUUUGUGAGUUAAUGGGACCAGAGAUUUUAAGUAAGAGAACACUGGUAGGUCGAGAAGUGAUGCUUUUUAGAGUAUAAUUUUAACGGGAAGGAAGAAAACGAGGGGUAGUUUUAUUUUUAUAAUUAAUUGUCUACAUAAAUCUCUUCCACUUACAGUACUUAAUCAACCAGAUGCUUUAAUGUUAUGUUAUCCGUUUUUUUGGUCCAGAAACUUUGGUUGAUUACUUUUAUCUGUACAUUUGUGCCUUUUUAAUUAUGUAUUUUGCCUUUCUGCAGCACCUACAUUAUCGUUCAAAAGUUUGGGGUCACUUAGAAAGGUCCUUGUUUUUGAAAGAAAAGCAMAUUUUUUGUCCAUUAAAA